AUGGGCCUCGGAUUGAUACAGGAUGGGAAAACUGUUCAACCGAACAGUAACCCUGCCCCUGAAUUUCAUCAACGGUUAGAGGCUGCACUGGCUCGUACUCGAGACCAGCGUGAGCAGAACGCGGGCAUCGCGGGUCAAUCGAACCGCGUUGCGUCUCGUCCCGGAAGUCGGGAGUCGCCUACGACCCUCGCCUCAAGGACACCACCGUCGUAUCCCCCAGGAUACGGACCGCAAACCACCCGAUCGUCCGCGCCGAAUCCGCCGAACCAACAGUCGGCCGCGACGGUUAGGGUCACCAACGUAGCGGCCCAGCCAGAACGUCGCUGGAGCGUCCACUUUGGACAGGAUAACGCCCACCGCGCGCCGACGAGAUCGUCGCCGUUAGCGGCCUACCCUCCCUACGUCGCACUCGGCGUGUCAGCACCGCCCACUCACGUUCAUUCGAACAUGGGCUCGAUAAGUGGGCAUCGCAACCGGCCUAGUGCACCACAGGUGCAUCCAGCCGCUUCGGCCGCCCCAUACGUAGGAGCGACGUCCACCAUUGGUGGAUAUCAGCUGCCUCUAAUGGGUACGCCAAGCCAGGUAGCGGCGAGCCCUGACCACACCAAUCUCCGAGACAGUCUCGGAAUCAGCAUGAUCCUGAGCAUAUUCGACAAGUGUCUGGGUGAAGACCCCGACGAACCACUACCGCCAUACCUCAAGCAGAUCAAACUGAAGGCACCCGACCCUUUCGAUGGAAAGGACGACAACGAUGCCUUCAACGUCUGGCUAGAGAAUCUCUUGUCCUAUCUGGACACCCUCAGACUGAGGGGACCGGACUUGGAUAUUCAGAGAAUAUCCUUCACCCGUCAGUGCUUGACGGGUGAAGCGGCAGUCUGGUAUCAGCAGACGGUUACGUCGCUGAUACGGCCAGUAGGUAGGCCCAUGUCACACCUCGAGUCCAUCAUAGGACUAUACCGCCGUUUCAUCCUAACGGAUCAGUUCGCUGUAGCAGCGCGCGAGUUUGCGAGCGUUCGAUUCGAACCUCACAAUGGCGGUGUAUCGAGGCUGUAUGACCGACUGGUCUAUUACGCGGAACGAAUGUUCCAGCCACCGACUCAACAGGACAUCAAGGAGCGGUUUGUAGCAGCGCUACCCGCUUCCAUCGAGCGCGAGCUGACUAUCAGCCGGGGCCUGCACAUUCGCCGCGACGACUUCGUGACAUUCGUGUCUGCCGCGCGCGAGAUAGAGGAAGCAAUGGCUUCCUUUAGGUCGCGUCGAGGGCAUGAUGGGUCACAACAGCAGACGUCGACGUCAACGCCGCCGCGCCAUAGCUCGACUUCCAAAGGGAAGUACCGAGCGGAUCGACCCCCUUCUCAACAGGCCCCACAACCUCGACCGGGUGGUUCGGGUCAGAGACCAGAACGGAAAGGGCAACCUUUCCAUAAGGACGGUCGACCACAUCGUCAAGAGGUACCGCGACAGGGACAGUCGAAAUCGACGCCUCCCAACAUUGGAUCAUCGGGGGGUAACAACCCCAAUGUCAAAUGCUUCAAGUGCGGCAGACAGGGUCAUAUUUCGACUGACCCAAAGUGUCCGCAAUAUGGCAAGCCCGGCCGUAUGUACGCCCAGCGGAUCGUCAACGCCGACGACUUGGACGGUGAGGCCGACGGCCUCUCUCAGCAGAUCCUACAGCAACAGAGCGGUCCAGAGGACAUGCCUGGAGAGGUCCAGGGCGACGUCGAUGACGACGAUGAGCCUGACUGGGAUGACGACGAAGGCCGCCGUGACGAGUUCUACGUCAUGCGCGCCGAACCCGUCUUCGCGACCCCGGACGAGGAGAAGGAGGCGGUCCCGUCUUCCAUCGAAUACGAUGCGAAGCGUAUCCUGCAGUCCUUCCAAUUGGAAGCCACGACCACACCUACCAAAUCCCUCAAGAAUGCGUGGCUGUACGAUUCCCGUAUACGCCGGUUGAAGGAUCCAAAGGAUCAACCAGUGCACGACCCAGAAGCCCAGCAGCCGAUAUGCAUCGAGACGAUGAUUAACGGCGUGCCUGCGUACACCCUGAUUGACACGGGUUGUACGAUGGUGGCCAUGUCACCAGGGCAGGCCUUCAUCUCCAAGGUGGAUCGAAUCGAUCUGCAGGAGCAGAUGAGCCUACAGCUGGGCACGAAGGGCAGCCGCACGCGCAUCAACCACGGUGCCUGA